UUAGAGACGAGUCACUGAGGUCCAUUUACUGUUUGGUUUAAACACAAUAACUCAUGCAGACACCCCUCAGCAGCAGUCACUCAACCACCACAAAGACGAUGGAGCUCAUUUUACUGCUCGUUUUAUUUCCCGUCACACUUUCAGUGGAACACUCCCUGAUUUUUGACGUUACACUAUCACCUGGACACCAAACUUUCCCAGAGUUUCUGGCUGUUUCUAAGGUUGACGGCGUGCAAGUGACUUCCUGUGACAGCAACAAUAAAGCAGUAGAACCCAGGCAGGUCUGGGUCAAAAAGUUAUUGGACAGUGAACCUCAGCACCUCCAACUGGAAGUUCAGUCCUGCCUGGACGCCUCUCAGGAUUCAACAGUAUAUACUGAAGACUUUAAACAGCACUUUAACGUAACUACAGAGGUUUGUUUUUUUCAGGUGAUUUCCGGCUGUGAAUUGGACAAUGAGACAGGAGAAGUUAGUGGAUAUAAUCAGUUUGGUUACGAUGGAGAAGAAUUCAUGUCACUUGACUUGAAGACACUGGCAUGGCAGUACACAGAGAGGGCCGUCAGCUUAAAGCAAAAGUGGGACAGAGACAAAGCUCGAUUACUCUUAAGUAAUAAUUUCUUCAAAAACAUUUGUCCUCAGUGGUUGAAGAAGUAUUUGGACUAUGGGAGGAGAUUCUUGCAGAGAAAAGAUCUUCCCUCAGUGUCUCUCCUCCAGAAGACUUCCUCCUCUACGGUCACCUGCCACGCUACAGGUUUCUACCCCGACAGAGCCGACUUGUUCUGGAGGAAAGAUGGAGAGGAGCUUCAUGAGGACGUGGACAAAGGAGAGAUCCUCCCCAACCAUGAUGGAACCUUCCAGAUGAGUGUUGACCUGAACAUCUCAUCAAUCGCUCCUGAAGACUGGAAGAAGUACGACUGUGUGUUUCAGAUGUCUGAUGUCAAAGACGACAUCAUCACCAAACUGGACAAAUCAGUGAUCAGAACCAAUCAGGUUUCUUCCUCACUGCAUCCUGCUGUUAUUGGAGCUGUUGUUGGACUCCUGCUGCUGUCAGUCGGCAUCUCUGGGUUCUUCAUCUGGAGAAAGAACAUCAAUUAUAGAAUAAUAAAAUUAUAUAUUUUCUACUAAAUGAGCUUCAACACUGAAAUUUUACUGCGAUUAGAGAUUAGAAGAGGAUACAAUCCUACCAGAGACAUAAGUUUGCUGCACAGCUGUUUCUGCAGACCGUCAGUGGAGAGGUUCCAGAAAUAAGAUCAGAGUCAGUCAUCAUGUACUGUCUUUGAUGCUUAUUAGCAGCAUUUCUAAUAAUAAUUUAGCUUUAUUGGCAUUAGCCAGCACACUAAUGAAGACUGUUCUCUAAACUGCACUAAGUGUUUAACUUUCUGUACUACCAAAGUUUUAAUUGUAGUUACAGAUGCAAAUGUGUCAAAUCAGUUUGUUCCAGCAGAGCUGAUGCUGCUGUGGAACAAAUAUGUCAGUGUCUGGAAGUCUUGGAUGUGUGUUUUUUGUGUUGUGUUGUUGUUUAUUCUACAUCAUUCAGAUAUCACCAGCACAUUUAAACCUACUGAUGUGCUUCAAAAAUGAUGCACUUUCUUGGAACUGUUGUGAUAUACAUUCUAUUUAGUUACUUUUAUUUACCUUUUUUUAUUGUUUGUAAGAACGGUAUGUGUGCGAGCAUGAGUGUGUGUGUAAAUGAAUGCAACCUUAAUAAGACUUUUUUUUUUAACUUUUGUGACAUUUUCCAAAUUUUCAAUUUUCAUCUUGAAUUUCAAUGUCAGUGAAGUUACCAUUUAUGGUUCCUUGCCUGUUUGUGGUUAAAAAAAAAAAAAAAGAAGAAAAACGAACAAAAGAAACAUUCCAAGAAAUGUGUACACCGUCACUUAGUACAACUAUUCAACUGUUAAAUGUGUGAUUUUCGUCAACCAACCAUGGUUAGUUUUGAUGUUUCAACCAAAAAUAUGGAAGAGGGUCGAGCAGCAAGUCCGUCUUUAUCCAACUUCAAAGAAAAGAGAAAGUUUGAUAUGUUCCAGGCCUCUGCUGAUUGGUCAAAUGCCACCAUAUCAUGUUCUAUAAUGUAGAGGGAUCUUGGAAGAUUGGCUGAAUGAAAUCCACAUGCUUCUUGAUUUCACUGAUUCAGAUAUUUAAUGUGUGUGGAAGUUACCAACUAUGAUCACUUGCCCCAUAAAGAGUUAACUGUUUCCUGUUUGUCCAUGUUUUCUUGGAUGAAGUCUUGAGGUGUUUAAGCUGAUUUUCCUUCAGACUCCUCACAUAUCAUGUAUACUAACACCUCCAGUCAAACUUGUUUUAUUCACUAUUUCCUUGUGAUCAUCUCACCUGAUAAGAAAGACUCUUUGAAAUUGCUUUCAGAUUUUAUUACAGCUUUCCAUGUAUGGAUUUGUCAUUAGAUUUGUUUCACCCAACCUUCAGCAGCAGUCACUCAACCACCACAAAGACGAUGGAGCUCGUUUUUCUGCUCGUUUUAUUUCCUGUCACAUUUGCAUUUAAGAAGUUUUUAGAGUUUUAAACAUGCAGAGUCUUUUAGAAACCGAUGUGUUUGAUAAGAUGGUGUAGUUUGUUUUACAGGUUUAGCAUUCUGACACAACUAAAAGGAAGUGCAAUCCAAACACAAACCAGUGCCUUGCAACAGUAUUCACACCAGAUUUUUUUAUUUGUAAAAAAUCUUUAACAACACAUAUAAUGUUUCUUCCACUUCACAAAUAUGUGUUACUUUGUGUUGGUCUAUCACAUAAAAUCCCAAAUAAAGUACAUUUAAGUUUGUGCUUGUAACGUGA